AUGCCAUUUGUGUACACUUGGUCACCCUUGUACAAGCACUAUCAUAGAAGCUCUCCUUCCUUUCUCAAUUCAGCUCCCUGGCCAGAUUCCUUCUGCAGUCGUUAUGUCAAUUUGUCCCUAUGGGUCCUUGAUUCUGCUCUGGAGCAUACGUCCGAAGAGGCUGCUGCUUACCUGGAGGCCUAUAAAGUACUCGAAUUCAAGCCGCCCGAUGACUUGAUGCCAGAGCAAGCUGAGGCGUCUGAUCACACAGCCCAGCUUGUUGAUACCAUCACUAUCCUACGCAGACUUACUCGAACAGAUGCUGUUUCUCUGAUGUCCAAAUAUAAGAUCGGGUUCUCAAGUUGGGACCCCGCCCGAAUCCCCUCAAUUUUCCCAGGAGUUAAGCCCAAAGCAGACAUUUCACACAACCAACUUUAUCACAGUUCAACCCGCGACUUUUGGUUACAGAGCCCUCCGCUUUUGCAGACCGGCAAGAUAUAUUUUCUACUACUCUUGACUGUCUCUUUGGUGACAAUAAUAUUUACUAACCUCCGUCGCCUUAUCCCAUCCAUCCUUUUCGUUCAGACCUUCGCCAACUUACUGAAAGCCGACCAAGCAGAUCUCGAGUCCUGUUCUGGCAUCGGUCGUCUCAAGGAUCAGGCAUUAAUCAAGCUACUUGAGAUGAGCUCCGAUAAGUGCAUCGAUCACGUCUCUAGUGAGCACAUAGACGACAUCGCUUGA